AUGUAUGAUGUGGCCCACAGCUGCACGCGGGUCAACCGCUUGUUGCGCGGCUACGCACGAAUGGGACGCAACACUGGCCACUGGAGGCAGUCCGUGAAUAGUCAGCUGGUCGCUUUACUACUGCUGCUCACGCUGCUCAACUUGGCUGUCUUUCAAUAUAUGACAUGGCAUGAUGGGGAACAGGCCGCAAACAGUGCGUGGUUGCAAAAUAAAGUAGGUGGGGCUCGCGUGGUGCGGCAGCCCGAAACAGAGCAGUUCGCCACCGCCGUGUUGCCGGAGUGCCAACCUCUGGACAAACUCCCGCUGCUUCCGCCGCAUCCAAGCAUCUUUCCCGCGGGAUUCUCUGAAAUGCUGUGGUCCUUGGCUCGCGACAGAUAUGCGGUGCUGCUGCGGCAGACGGUUGAACCCGUGACGCAGGGUGUCCAUAACUUUAAAGAUAUUUACACAUACAAACAUCAUGGCGUGCUGUUGCCGCUGCUUCAAAACAUUGUUAGUGGGGGCGGGGCAGCAGUCGUGGAACCCGGCGCCACGCCGCAGUUGUCUGCCAAGCUGGCUGACUGCUACAAAAAAGAAUCACAUCUCUCUGAAUAUAACCCUGACAUCUAUAAGAGGCUGAAGGAGCGCGUUGGCUCUGUGGAGUUCUGUGACCCAGCAGACGCGGACUACACGCCAAGUAAGGAUUUUGCCUGCCUGGCAUACCUUCGAAACCCCGCCAACUGGAUGGCACUGAAGCCUUUGUCAAGUUUGCUUGCAUCAGGACGUACCAUCAAGUUCUUGCUUUCCUUUCGUCACGGCAACGUCACGGCGGUGGUGAAGCUUCCCCAGGGGAAAUUUGAACUGGAGCCGGCAAGCGAGACGGUGGCGUUUCACAUGGAUCGCCUUCUUGCCUUUAGGCGCACCCCACCAACGGCGUGGGUGCAAAUUCCUGUCGAUUACAUAAAGGCCGCCGCCGCCUCACUGGGUCCGUUCUACGUGCACUGGGUGGAGUCCGAGGUGUUCAAGUUAAAGCGGGCGAAGGCAGUCAUCUCGAGGUGCGAGGAUUCACGACUCAUAAAUCAGCUUGGUGGAUCAAACCUGAAGUGCAUUCUGGCCUCUGUGCAGCUUUGGCUGUGGGACGUGCAUCUGGUGGAGCAAUCCACCUUUGCAGGUGAUAUGCGACUACAUCGGUCUGUGAAGCGUAGGAGGGGUGACAACAGAAAACCGGGUCUCAAAGUCGCUCCUGGUGUGAAAGAUGAUGAAUGGAUGGAAAGGCUGCUUCGCAAUAACAACAGCCAUGCUGACACCGGCAGAGGCGAUGGGAUGCCGCUGUCGCCAACACACUACUUGUUGACGCGGGAGCGCUGGGAUCAAAUGGCCUUUGACGCCAUUAUUGCUAACUAUGAUAGGUGGAAGGGACACAACAGCUACGUGCUUGCGGCCUGCGCACCAAAUCUGCCGUGCCAUGCCGCACGGGCCGAGCGUCUGUACGAGCGACCCUCCAAGAGCACCCCGCGGUUUGCCUACAUUGACCAGGGCAGCGGUUUUUAUUCUUCGAGGAUUCGAAACAUAAGCGUCUUUUCUCCAUCCCAUCAGCCACAGUUUUGCUAUGUGCACCGACUAACCGUUGAGCGCCUUGAACGGAUUGUUCUCUUUGCUAUGCGCUUGAGUAAUAAUUACAGCGUCUCCACCAGGGAUGGGGUGCGCCGCAUCGCGUCUGUGGUGAAUGGUGUAAUUGCUGAGGAUGAGAUGAAGCGUGUGGGCGACGCCGUCUAUCGGCGCCUACUACUGCCGCGACUACCGUCGAGGAUUGGGAUGGUGCUCUCCCAUGCUCUGAUCAAAGCGGCAUGCCGGCGUGUGUGGUUUAUUCUUGCUCAUCGCACCCGAUGCCUGGAGAUAAACGUGAACACGAUAAUCUUCUGA